UUUUCGGUUACCAGUUUCAACUUACAAAAGUCACUUGGAUUGUAGGAGAAGAAGCAAAGGGACUGAUACCAAUGGCGCCAAAGACAACGAAAAACAAAAUUAUCCCUCAAGACCCAGAUGGGAUUUUCGCAGGAAUGGUUGUUUUCUUAGUCCAACAUGGAGUUCAGCCUCGCCGAUUACAGAUUUGGAAGCAGAAACUGGUGCAAAUGGGGGCUGCAAUAGAAGAGCGCUUAUCCAAAAGGGUCACUCAUGUAUUUGCUAUGAACUCAGAAGCUCUUCUCAAACAAGUGGCUACCGAACGAUUGGAACGCUUUAAGGGAAGGGCUCUCCUUUAUCAGUGGCUAGAGGACAGCUUGAGAUUAGGAGAAAAGGUAUCUGAGGAUUUGUACAAUAUUAAAGUGGACCGAGAAGGAGAUAACAUCCCAGCCAAGUCUUUAGUUCCUAAAGAAGCCAACAAAAACACUACUAGCGACGAAGAACCAUCACAUAGCAAAAAAAUCAGAUCCUCUCCUGAAGAUUCAAAAAAUGUAAAUGCAGAAAGCAAGGAAGAUGCAAAAAGUAGUGCUCUAUAUGACGCACUGAGUACUCCUGGAAGUUCUGAGGAUUCACCCAGUACUCUAAGCCCAGUGAAUACCAGUCCACUGACCCCAGAUCCUUCUAAUAAGGAUGUUGACACAAUGCAAACAUCCUUGCCAUAUAGUCCUCCUGAUUUAAACAGGAAUAUAACCGAGAUAUUUGGAAAGCUUGUUAACAUAUAUAGAGCAUUGGGUGAAGACCGGAGGUCAUUUAGCUACUACAAGGCCAUUGCAGUUAUUGAGAAGUUGUCCUUUAAAAUUGACAGUGCAGACCAGGUCAAAGACCUACCCUCAAUUGGGAAGUCACUGCAAGAUCAUAUCCAGGAGAUAGUAACAACUGGGAAGUUAUCCAAGCUGGAGCACUUUGAAAAAGAUGAAAAGGUAAGAACAAUCACCUUAUUUGGCGAAGUUUGGGGUAUUGGUCCUGCCACUGCCCUUAAAUUAUAUGAGAAAGGACAUCGUACACUAGAUGAUCUGAAAAAUGAGAAUUCAUUAACAAAUUUACAAAGAAUUGGGUUAAAAUAUUUUGAUGAUAUCAAGCAAAGGAUUCCACGCCAGGAGGUUCAAGAGAUGGAUCUUCUUCUUCAGAAAGUUGGGGAGGAUAUUUUGCAUGGGGUGAACAUAGUCUGUGGAGGAUCAUUUAGACGUGGAAAAGCUUCCUGUGGGGAUUUAGACAUUAUAAUUACACAUCCUGAUGGGAGAAGUCAUAGAGGUUUUUUAUCAAAAUAUGUUGAGCGUUUAAAGGAUAUGAAGUUCUUAAGAGAGGAUUUGAUUUUCACUACUCACAGUGAGGAGUUUGCACAGGGUACUGAUUCUGGUGUUGACACUUACUUUGGUCUAUGCACAUAUCCUGGGUGUGAGCUGCGGCACCGCAUAGAUUUGAAGGUAUACCCAAGGGAUAUAUAUGCAUUUGGACUUAUAGCUUGGACAGGGAAUGAUGUGUUAAAUAGGAGGUUGAGAUUGCUGGCAGAAUCUAAAGGAUUCAGGCUUGAUGAUACAGGGCUGUUUCCAGCUACUCAUGGUUCAGGCGGUAAACGGGGAACAAGAGCUAGUGCAAGUUUGAAAUUUAACACGGAGAAAGAGGUGUUUGACUUCCUGGGAUUUCCUUGGCUUGAACCACACGAAAGGAAUCUGUGAGCUGUGAAUAGUUUGUAUAAGCAUGCUGUACAUAAGAGUUACCAUGCUUGGUUUUGCAUCAUUCUUCCCUCACUCUUUGUUGCUGAGAGUUUUUUGGCAUGCUUUCCUUGUAAAUUAUGAUAUAGCAACAGGUUAGAAAUAGAGGGAUUUUUCUUUGGCAUGCUAGCCUUUUAAGCCAUGUAAUUCAAACAAAGGGGUCCAAGUAAAAACAGUGAUGCCACCACAGGGUUGAGCUUUCGCUUUGGUCCUCAA